CCCUGCCUAACCCAUCUUUGUUAGAUCAGGUCUACCUACCCACCAUCAGGAGAAAGGGGCAGACUGUUUGCAAGGAAUAACAGACCAUGCAGUAACCAGCAUGCCUACGAGGAGAAAAGCACCCAUCGUUCAAGCUGGGAGAAGCCUGAAGGUGGUACAACUAGAUGUUGCGGUGGUGAUGAUGGUAUGGUUGGCUGCACCAGGGCUCCUGUGCGACCCUGGCAAUUGUGCUCCCCAACAUUUGCUUUGCUACAAGCCUUGCUGUGAAGCAUCGCCCCGCUGUUUUAUGACCUGUACCUGGGAGGCUGGAUGUAAGGAAGAUGUCAACUACACCCUAAACUUUAGGAAUCAAAUUGAAGGGAUGAAAAAGACAUUUCAGGCUGGAAAGGCCACCCGCUUUAUUUUUAACACGGACACUGUCUAUGUUCUACAAAAUGUGACUAUCUGGGUAGAAAGUGUGCCUAAGGAUGGCCCUCCACAGGUCUCCAAGAAUCUUACGCAGCUGAUCAAGGAAACCAUAAAAUUGAAUCCACCAUCGGCCAAGUCCAUCAGCAUUUCUAGAUUGAAAGGUAUCCUGACCUUGAAGUGGCCUGGAUCUGACACUUGUCGCUCUUCACUCAAAAUAAAAGAAGUCAGGAUGAGACAGUCCAAGGAUGUAAAGUGGACCCUGGUGAGUUGCCUAUAUCCUUGCCUUUGUCUAGCUACAUGUCACCUGGGAAAAAAUAUUCCUUAUGAAGUGCAGGUUCGGCAUCGAACUGUUCACUGGAGCAGUUACUGGAGCAACUGGAGCGAAAUCCUCUUUGUUCCUGCUGAAAUCCUCAGAAGUCCCACAGUGUAUUAUACUGUGGGUCCCCUAGGAGAGGAGGGCCAGAGGAAUAUGACUCUGCAAUGGGAGAGACCUCCUGUGGAGCAAGGGGAGGUGAGCUAUAUUCUGACUUUUGUCAUGCUGGCCUGCAAGCAGUGCUUAAUUGGCUUGGAAAAGUCCAGCGUUACUGUGCAUGGUGCAACUUCAUACCAAACUGCUCUUUCUGCAGCCGAAUAUAACAUUUCGCUGGAGGCAUUUAACAAGGCGGGACAUUCUCCAGCUUACUUUUUUCAGCUCCCACCAGAAAAAAAUGCAGUCCUAGAUCCCAAUUUUCUGAACGUGAGUCUAUCUGGAAGGUAUUUUACUCUGAAAUGGGAAGUAGAAGAGAACUUUGAUCCCUUUUGCUUUGAAGCACAGCCUCUUGGAGAAGCCUUGCCUAAGAAUGACUGCAUGGAACCUGAUGACACUGACGUGGUGACAGGGAUAAUGGAGCCGAACAGGUGUUACCGCUUUGCAGUGCACAGAUAUGACAUUACAGAGAAGUGGAAAACUUUUGGACUUAGGUACCUUUUCCAUAGAAAUGCUUCUCUUGAAGAUGCCAUCCAUGUAAAUGUGACUAACCAAACAGUCAAUUCUGCUGUCAUCUGGUGGAAGCCUCCCAGAGCCCUCUCUCACUGCCCAGGUCAACUGAAGAAAUAUGUCAUAUGUUAUCAAAAGGAGCAAUAUGGUAACUUAACAUAUCAUGAAGCCAAUGCAUCAGACACAUGGUAUACAAUCCAGGAUUUACAGCCCAACACUGCCUAUCUUGUUGGUAUCUGGGCCUCUACAGAAAACAGCAAAGAAAACUGCAAAGCCCUUUAUCGAUUUCUAACCAGACCUCCAGAUCCCAGGCAGCUAACUCUGGCACUAAGCUUUCUAUCUAUGGGAAUUUUUGGAGGCAUCCUUGCUGCCGCCACCAUCUUCCACCUUGGCAAAAAGAGAGUCAAGAAAGCACUGUGCCCAGCAUUACCAGACCCUGCUAAUACUGAAGCCAUAAAGAUCCUCACCACAGCAGAAACAGGCCAGAUCCAGGUAAAGUUGGGUUUUAUGGAACCAGUGGAAUCCAACAGCCCCAAGGAACCAUUGGUUGUAGAACCUUCAUCUGACAAAGAGGAGCCAGUUGCUGAUAGAACAAUGGACUUGUUGGGAUUUGUCAAGGGAAUAGAAGAGGAACAUUCUCCCAAAGAGGACCAAGUGGGCUCUGAUGAAAUCCUAUUUGUUGAAUAUAAGGGGCAAAAAUUUUUGAGCCCUGUGGAAGAAUCUGAAGACUUUGCAGGUAUCUCCCAUGAAGAAAGUACUAAUUCCCACCUCUUCCUGAACAAUACUGAAGCUGGAGACCAAAAUGGCACGUGUAUGUCACAAGUUCCACUCUCGUUCAGACUUUUUGACAAACUGGUGGUGAUUAAGAAUAUAGAUGAAGGCUUUGACUUUCCAUGCAGUGAUGGUGCUUCAACCUAGAACAGGACUGUUUCUGAACCUCUAGAAAACGUCUUGCUGUUUUGGGGACAGCAAACCAACAAAAGGAAAUGGCAGAUAGCUUCUACAACCACUCUCUGAGGAAAGACACCAUAAUUCAGUGGCACAGCAUAUCUUUGCAAGAAGAUAAUAUCCAGUUUGGUUGCCUUGAAGCAGUGUUGCAUAAAGUUUUCUGUACCUGAAAUCUUGGACAGUUAUUACUACUUGGUGAGCUGGCAGUAAUGGACCACGUGGAUCAUGUGGUAGAGAUAACUUCUAUUGAUAGAGCUCAUUGGACUCAGUAUCUUACAUCAGACUCUUUUUCUAGCAUUCUGGGAAGCAAGGCUGGGGAAAACUCUCUAUCUGACAAGGGUGCACAAUUUGAGUCCCCCUCCCUCAAAUGAUGCGGCCUGUGGAGUUCAUUUUAAAGUUGCCACUGAACUGUAAAUUUUAUAUGAUAAAAGUGGAGUAACCCAUUAAUUCUUUUUAAUGAAUUGAAUUUCAAUUUGAUUUCACCUAAGUUAAGUUUGUUUUGGUCUGGCCCUAGCCCUGUCUUUGUCCCACCUAAUUUCUGAAAUGCAAUCCUCCACAUGUGGCAUGAAAAGUCACACAUUCCUGGCCUCCUAAACCCUGCAGGGCUAUUUCUGUAGAAACCUCUGGUGAAGAAACAUCAUGAACCCAUAACCUACAGAAGUUCCCUGCCUUCUAGUGAUCUUCACUUGUCCUUCUCCCAAGCUCUGCAAUGAAUGCAAAGUCUCAUUCCACCAUUUAAAUGCAAAGAUUACAGCAUUGCCAUAUAUAUCCAUUUAUCUUCUCCCUUUCUAAUAGAGCUUUUAAAUCUUCCAUGCAAGAUACUGUUCUUGGUCAAAUAGUCUUUAAGUAGCUGAAUUUGAGCUAAAGUGGAUGUAACAGCAAUACCUUUCUUAGGUCAGCUCAAGGAUACAAAAUAGGCAACUUUGUCGGAUCUCCCAAACAUUUGUCAGCAAAGAAGUAAAUUAAGGGAAAAUGGAUAGUUAAGGUUCAGGCCAUAAGGUCUGCUUUUAGCUAUAGUCUUUUGAAUGGUGGAGUGGACUGAAGACACUUAACUGAGAUAGGCCAAGAAGACCCUCUAUGUGAGGCAGGGGAGGCUGCCCUGUGAUGCAAGAGGAGGUUUUGGUACUUCUGAUGCUCCUUCUUGUCCGCUUCCUUAAUAGCAACAGCACUGCCACUCACCCUCCAGACGGCCGGCGGUCGUGCAGGUGUCACCCUGGGAAAGCAGAUUCUAUGGCCACCUCACAACACAUCACCAUGAAUCCUCUUAAAAUAAUGCAUAUGGAAGGCUGGCUCAGAAGAUAAGCAACAUGGUUUAGAAAUUGGGGUGAUGGGCUUUAGUGAGGAGGAUACAUGGUCAAAUCAAUGCCUUGCCAUGGAACUCCCUCUUACAGUGCCUUUGUAAGGAUCAAGUGGAGGAUGCCAUAUUAUAUAUGCUGCCUUGAGCCCUUACAAAGAAGGUGGGCUAUAAACUUCAGAAAGAAUAGUCCCAAUCCAUUGCUCUUUCUGGUCUGUUGCCCAAAAUUACUACUUCAGUCAGCUUAAUGACAGAGUUAGCCUUUCUAUUACACAUUUAAUUUAGCUUUUAAGCUAAUUUCAGGGUAUGGCUAGGAUUCUCCCAACAGCAGACAGUUUCUCUCAGUUUUGAAAGUAUAAAAUCCAACUUUAUUCAGAUCAAGCCUUCUUCCUUAGACGAAGCAUACUAGUCCCUUGGUGAGUGGAAAGCAGAAAACAGUAGGCAUUUUGAUAUUAAAGUGUUUGAGAUUGUUUUGAAGUAUAUUUUUAGGAGUUACAAAAGGCAAACAGUAUUAAAAACAAGAACAACACACACAUAUAUCAUCGGAGGUUAUGUUUUUUCAUUAUAAAAGUAUAUGACAGAGAUUAUCAGGUUCAUCAGCAGAAUUUAAGAAUAAAUUUUGUUAUUGCAAAAUGUCUUUCUACUGGGUCCAUGAAUCACUGAUACACUUCUGUUGAUUAUUUUUUUAAUGGAUGUCAAUGCUGGAGCACAUUUCUAGCAUAUUGUCAAUUUCUUGAUUUAUUGCACGGCUCUCUGUUGCCUCAUUUAUUUUUUAAAACUGGAGAUCAUUUUAGAUAGGAUGAGUGAGCAGAAGAAACCAAAUUGGAUAAUUUUGUGUAAAGGAUAUAAGGAUUGUAUCUUCAGAAAAAUGCAGGCUUUGGGUGGUAUAAAGUUAUCUUCUUCCAGGACAGGCCCCUCCUUCUUGUACAGCUGAAUUCAGCAUUUUCAGUUCCUACUUUUUCUUUCUUUGUGACUUUUUCUAUUCUCAGAAAAGAGUUUUGUAUAAUUUAGAAAGAUUAUAUACUGCACUCAGAAUCUUUUUGGUUCUGAUAAAGGUAUAUUAUCCUCAGAAUUAUUUUACUGUCUUUUUUAUAUCACCUCUAGAACAAUUCAAUAUGCCCUCUUAUUGUUAGCCUUCUGGAAGCUACUGAAGAAAGAACAGUUCUUGAGGGCCUUUGGCAAGUGAAUGGUGUUCACUGUGCCCAUCCCACAAUGGCAGAUUUGUGUUAUCUUGAAUUACGUUUUUGACCACAUUUUAUGCUUUGGUGUAAAAACUCGCCCAGAGUCACCCUCCAGGGGAGAUGGGCAGCAUACAAAUUUAAUAAAUAAAUAAAUAAAUAAUAAAAACACAAUGCCAAUCAAAAACUCAACAGUUAGGCUGUGCUUAUUGCACUAAAUUGUGUAACUCUAUUGAAUAAACAACUGUCAGAGCAGUGGCUAUAUGAACUGAAACUGGGGGAGCUCUUGGUGUCUCCUUUGUCAUGAUCAGAUCACGCCCUGUUCUCCACGGGAUUCUCUAGCGCCACUAUCCACUGCAGAGAGGCUGGACACAUUAGAUCGGUCCACCCCAGCAACUGAUGGACCUGGAUGAGUUUCAGAGGGAGCUGAGGGUUGUUCCUGUUGGUCUGCUGCAAGGUCCAUCUGACGCCUUGGUUCCGCUUGGAAUAAGAAGGCAGCUGAAGCAUUGGAUCCGAUUGCCCCCAUGCAACCUCUCCCCUCUCGGGGAUCCUGCCACUCCCUGUGGUUUAAAGAGAAGGAGAUGAAAAGAGACAUCUAGAGCGUUGCUGGUGCUCAACCAAGGAUGAACUCGGGUUAGAGCCCCUAUUAAGGCCUACCUUGUGGCAGUAAGGGUUGCAAAGCAACAGUAGUUCUCUGCCCAUACUUUAUCCACAAUUGCCGCCCCACAGGCCUGUUUUGGGUUACUCGAGUCCUCUUGGGUAAAGGGGGCCCAGGGACCUUUUGCAGGGAUGUGUGGAGGAAUUUACUCAGCGUCUAUUGGAAAAAGUCACUCAGAUUCACUCACAGUUGGAUGCUGGCCUUGUUGCAGGUCCAGAGGAGAUGC